ACAAUAAUAGAAUAUAACGUGCAAAUUGGCUUUUUGGUCAGCAACUUGGACGAAUUGGAAGGAACACGCAUUGUGUGUGUGUGUGCGUGCUGGUUGUGAGGAGGAAAUAUCCUCAAGGUUUGUGAUUUUGCUGAGACAGCAGGCAACAAAAUGCCAGGCAAGGUAGGCGUCAAAAUAAAGGCUGCGCGUAAUCUGCCAGUUAUGGACAAGAGCAGCGAGACAACCGAUGCCUUUGUGGAAAUCAAGCUGGCCAACAAAGAGUACAAAACGGAGGUGUUCCGAAAAAGUCUAAAUCCAACGUGGAACACCGAUUGGUUUCGCUUUGAGGUCGAUGACGCCGAGCUGCAGGACGAACCGCUGCAAAUACGUCUGAUGGACUAUGACACGUAUUCGGCAAACGAUGCCAUUGGCAAGGUGAACAUCAGCCUGAACCCGCUAUGCUUGGAGAGCCUUACUCAGGCGGCCCAUGGCAAGGGCACCGUGCUCUCCGGCUGGAUACCCGUCUUUGAUACGAUGCAUGGAAUUCGUGGCGAAAUAAAUGUCAUUGUCAAAGUGGAUCUGUUCUCCGAUGUCAAUAAGUUCCGACAGAGCUCCUGCGGCAUACCCUUCUUCCACUCGCCUUGUGUGCCCUUUGGCUAUCGCGCACAGAUCAUACACGGCUUUGUCGAGGAGCUGGUGGUCAACGAUGAUCCCGAGUAUCAGUGGAUCGACAAGAUACGCACACCACGCGCCUCCAACGAGGCCCGACAAGUUGUCUUCCUCAAGCUUUCGGGUCAGGUGCAACGCAGGAUGGGCCUGAAGGCCAUCAAUAUGGGCGCCAAUGCAGUCAUCGGCUAUACGCAAUGCUUUGAUUUGGAGGGCGAUGUGGGCGUCGUCGCACGCGGUGUUGGCACAGCCGUAACACUCAUCAAGGACUCUACCAGCAGCAGCAGUCAGCCAAACAGCGCGGAUAUUGUCCUCAUCGAAGAAGUCCAAAAGUAUUUAGAUUUUCUCAACUGCACCGACGGCAGCAGCUCCAGUCUGCCUCUGUCCGGUCGCUCACCCCAGCAAUACCGUCUCAGUAUAUAUAAGCAGCCCAGUGUUAGUCCCAGUUCGGCGGCAGCAGCAGCAGCGGAGGCAGCGACGUUGUUCUACUUAGAGAGCGGCAGUAGCGAUACGGAGGAUGCGGAUGUCAUGCAGAAUCUGCUCAGGCAGGAAGAUGAGCGUGGCGAGCGGGUGCGCGAGAAGAAGCUGCGUCAUCGCAUGCAGCGCAUGACUUUAUCGUCGCGCAAUGCUUUCAGCGAGAAAUAUGCCACAUUGCUGCGACGCAUGGAGCCCAAGAUACCGGAGAAUGCCACCCAGUCGCUGAGCAAUCUGCUUGGCAUUGUCGCUGGCGGAACGGGCGGAAAACGUCGCCGUAAAUCACGCAACACAGUCGGCAAGCGGUCAUCGUUGGCAAUAACGCGUUCCAUCAGCGAUGAUCCGGGUCGCUCGGGAACAACAGCAAGGAGUCAGCUGAGUGUGCCUCGGCACUCUGAGUAUGAGGAGAACACACGCUCCGCACCGGAUUUGGAUGCCUUUGAGCGUAAGUCGACAUACUCGACGGACUCAUCAGAGUCGUUGUCAAUAAUCGAAACGAUUGCCAAUGCAGCCACAUCCAGCGACAGCGACGAAGAACAGCAGCAACAGCUCGAGCAGGAGCAGGAGCAGGAAGAGCAGCUGCAGGAUAACUGGAUAAAGCCCGGCGAAACAGGCAGCUAUGGCAGCCAGCUGGAUCUAGUACCCAAGCGUCAUACGCUUCUUGAAGAUCUCAGGAGUUUCUCGCGUCGCUUGCAGCAACUGAUCCACUUGACUCCACGGCAGAAUCUUGAUAUUGAGGCAUUGCCCAGACACUCGCUGCUGUAUGCCACGGCUGCACUGGCGCCAUCAUCCAUGGAGCGCAAGUCAUAUUAUAGCUCACAGCCAGAGCUGGCCACGAGCAGCGAACUUGAUUGGCCCACUUCGGCUGCAGUUAGUUUAGCAUUCGCAUCCAUGUUGCAGCUAAAUCGCUUGCCAAGCUAUGAAAACAGUCUCACUCUAGAUGCCGAUCACAUCGAAUCCUAUGCACCACAUCCACUCGAAUCCGAACCACAACUGAACACGCUGCUGCCUGUUGCUCCUGUGCUCUGCAUUUGCCCAUCGACUCCCACGCCCACCGAAUCUGAUAAUAGCUCACAAUUAUCGCCCAUUCAGACACGUGCUUUUGAAUAUUAUGAUCCGCCCGUUUUCAGAUUAGACCAUGUUGUAAAUAUCUCUAAUACUAGUACUAACCAUAGUAACAACAAUAAUGAAUCAUCGUUGCUUGCUCCAUGCUAUUCUGUUUCGUCAUUUGCCAUACAAAACCAACAACAACAACAACAAUGCUCGACUAGGUCCAGCAGCGAUCUUCAACAGCAGCCGCAACAACAGCAGCAGCCACAACAACAACAGCAACCACAACUAUUACCGGCUCAGAGCGUCUUAAUACCCACAACGAUUGCCAACAUUGAGAACAAUGGGAAUGCGAAGAAAUUCACAUCGCCUGUGGGCGGCAAUCGUCUGAAGCUAACGCCCAGUCCAUCGAAGAGUGGUAUUUCAGGUGGUGCGAAUGCGGACAGUGCAUCCACAUCUACCACAUCGACGGCCACCACAAUGGUGCCGAGCAAGGAGGUGGGUGAGAUCUGUCGUCGCUCCUCCGACUCCGAUUUGAGUGUGACGCCAAAGGGCAACUCAAUUUGUGUGGCAAGCGAGCGUCUGGUAGCUGCCACAGCGAUGAUGCGCUUAACGACACCGACCGUGGGCAGCAAGGCAACCGACAAUCUGGAUAUGCUGGAAUAUCCAUUCCUAACGAUGACCAAGUAUCCAACGGGCUUCAUACUCCAUUUGGGCGCCACUGUGGCGGCACGCUCGGUGAAACUGCUGGAACGUGUCCCCAACCCCGAUGAGCCUGAGGUGCGUGAUAGCUGGUGGACGGAGCUGCGCAUGGAAAUACGCUCUCAUGCUCGAUCCCUGGGCUGCAACGUAGUGCUGGGCUAUGCGGAGUCUACGACAAUAUCAGACGAUGUGUGCGUUUUGUCCGCCACUGGCACCGCAGCCGUUAUCAACAUGGUCUUCAAUCGAUCCGUCUCGCAAACGGAUAUCUUUGCCAUGUCUAAGGCUGGCAACAAUGUGUCUGCCAUGUCCAAUUCGCUGGAGGAGCGUGAGGCGAACGGCAGCGUUGCCGAGACAGCGACAUCCAGCAAGGACGGCGGUUCGCAGGGCACAGCCAGCGGAUCGGCGAGUAAGCGCUACGGUCUUCCAGCAUCAAAUGCUACACGCAACACCUGUGCCAUCUGCCAUGUGCCGUACAACCUCAGCUCGGUGCCGUUCAAUGUGAAGAUGAAGAAGUGCGCCAUAUGCCGUAAGGGGCGAGUGCCGGAUGUGCUGCUGGCCACGCUAGAGGUGCCCGAGUUUAUGCAGGUGACGGGACGCGGCUGCUUUAUGCAGGCACAGGUUGUUCGCGCCAAGAGGGAUUUGCGUGCCGAACUCAAUGCCAAAGAGAUAUCCGAUGGUCUACCUUUUCUGGAAUACGAGCUGCAUCGUGUGCUCAUCAAUAAGCUAAAGGCCAAGGGCAUGAAUGCCAUAUUCGGACUGCGUACUCAGGUGGCCAUUGGGGAGCGAAUGAUAGCAUUAAUUGCCACGGGAACAGCGCUAUUUCUGAGUGCGCUGCCGGUACCGCAAGUGCCGAAAAUCGUUGCGGGCAACUCGUGGACGGACAAGCAAAAGCUUAACGAACUGCAGAAGAAGCUGCAGGAGACCUUUGAACGUAACCAAGAGAUUUAUCAGCUCAAAAUCAUGGAUCCCGAUUUGGCCAGCAUUUGUGGCGGAGCGGGCGAUAAGCAUUCGGAUACCGAUGAUUCCGAUGAUGAGGAAAUGAACGAAAUCGAUUUGAAUUGCGGCAACAAAGAAUUGUGUGUGUUGGAAGUCGAUGAUAUUGAGGAUUUGGAAAUUAUAUCACUGCUCAUGGAGCCAUAUCCGCCGGAGGGUUUCCACGUGGUCAACACACAACAGGUGCCCGGCAUGCAGGAGCUAGAUGCUGUCAAAAAUCUUCAAAUGUUUACGCAAGUAUUUCGUGCUCGCCUCGAGGUAGGACAAAAUGUAAAUGGAUUCCAAAAGCACUUCCAACGACUCCUGCAGACCAUUUAUUUCAAGCUGCGCACCAUGAUACCCUGCGCCAUUUGUGAUCUACGCUUUAGACUGGAUUUGCCAGAAACGGACCAAAUUCAAUUACUUGUCACUGGCAUGGCUAUGGGUCUGAGUGAUGGCAGUAAAAUAAAAUAUCGUCGGCGCGGAGGGCCGACAACGCAGCAGAAUGGCUUUAAUGAUGGAACAGGGCAGCAAGCGUCCGCUGUGAAUGCAGCACAAUCGCAGCCAGAGCUUAACGGCAAGCGAGCCCUGCAGGAGGAGGAUUACAUUUUCCCGCUGGACGAGGAUCAAAUGGUCGAUACGCCGACGCCGACCAGUACUGCAAUACCGCCAUUCGGCAUGAGUUCUUUCAAAAUACGCAAGACUUCACCGUCGCGACUUGGUAAUUUGACGACAACUUUGCCCGCAGUCAAGCCGCUCAACAUAGCAGCAGUGCCGCGUAGUCGUUCCUUUCCGCUGCGUGAUCAUUAUGGUGUCGAUUUAACACCGCUCAGCUUUAUACCUGGUGGACGCAUUGAAAAGUAUUUGGGCAACCUGAACUUCUUCUUUAUUAGGGAGAGCACCUCCAUACGCGAAAAUGGUGGUAUUAGUGGAUUUGUGCAUGGCUUCAUCACCGAGCUGCUGGCAGUGGUGCGGGCGCAUAUUGCCUCACUGGGUGGCAAUGCAAUGGUCUCCUUCUAUAUAAAUGAACUAAUAUUGUUCGAUAAUCAGCACAAGAAUCAGGGUCAGUGCCUGAUUAGCAUCGGUGGCGAUGCGGUCUACGUGAGCUACUACGCCGAUGACUGAUAUACACGUUUGCGGGGCAUAUAGCGCUUAUUUUAUGCAAAUCGUCCCAAAAGUCUCUACUACUGAAAACAAACCAACUCUCUCUUCCAUAUGUAUGCUCUCUUUCCUUUUCUCUUGCUGCCAAUCACUUUUCGGCUCUCUGGCUUGGCCUGAACUAAGCAGGACACGCUCAUAUUAUACAAAUUCUUAUUAUGUUGUACUUAAAUAUGUAUUCAAUGUAGUAGGUAUCGGAAUUUUCAGCUGUAUCUGGGCUAUACAGUUGAUAUCAAUAUGCAAUAUUCAAACUGUGAAUUGACGUUUUACAUGUAGAAUGAAUUUAUCUUUCGUGUUAUUUGUGUGCUUAAUGUUUAAUGCUUAGCUACUUACAAUUUUCAUGAUCGUAGUCUGUACAUAGUUGAAGACGUUAAUUGAAUUUAAAAUUUGAUAGAUAAUUUGUUUUCUUAUUGCUAUGAGCAAAUAGCCCUAAAAAAUAAUAAUAAAAUAUACACACUAUGUGUAACUAAUUUUGCCAACACAAAAGUCAACCAUCAACUUAUGUAUGUAACAUAUACAAUAAUAAAUAAAAUGAAAUCUUUGAUAUAGAAUCCAAA